AUGGCUUCCCGUCAGAGCUCGAGGGUGGUCACCCCCACGGAAAAGGUCUUGGCCCUUGAGGCUUCCCGCCAGACCGCGGCGCGUAGGGAGGCAGAUAACUCUUCGCGCACGUCCUUCAGGGCGGCAGGCGAUGGGCACGCGCAAAAGGUGAUGAGCUUGGGUGGAGAAGAGACUCCGGUGCAGGAGGAGGACUCCGACGCUGAGGUGGUAGCUGUGGCCAACCCAUCGAGUGCGGCUUCCGCGGGCAAGAAGAAGAAGAGAGUCUCCCCGAAGUGGAGCAUGUGGUCGGACUUGACGCUGAUGAAACACGCUAUCAAGCACAAGACCUGGCGAGUGGCUGGCCUGACCGACAGGGUUGAAGACAGGUGGGCAUUAGUCGUCGAGGACUUGAGCAAGGAGCCAUAUGUGAGAGUGUUCGGCAGCAAGACGGUCAAGCAUUUGAAGUCGCGCUUCGACUCGCACAUUCGCGCUCAAGCGAAGAAGAACGAGGAGGCGGCAAAAGCAUCCGGAGCAGGGAAUACCUCCGCCGACGACCUCGAGGGCGACGAAGCCGAGAUGGAGAAGCUUGUGCAAUCCGUGCUAGACGCCAGGACCGGGGAGAGGGCAGACAGUCAGCAGGAAAAGGCGAGGAAGGCGGGUCACAACUUGCUUGGGCAAUCAGCCAUUGACAUGGGCAAUAGCCGGUGCGGACCGGGAGCAGCGGCGACAUCCUUCGGAGAAGCUCACGCCAGCGACGAGCGCCGGAUGAGUGGCGUUAUUGACAGCAGGGGACGCAUGCCUGGGUUCACUCCGUCUGGUAGUGGGAGCGGCCGAUCGAGCCCCGCUAACAUCGGCGGCGUGGUCGGUUUCGGUAGUGGUGGUGGUAGCGGUAGCGGUAGCGGUAGCGGCCGAUCCAGCCCGGCUACCGCGGGUGGGGUCACACUUACCCCCCCGCUUGGAAGCCCCCUUGCCAACCUGCUACGCGCGCCGACGAUGGAGAUCCUUGCAUCGAAAGUUGGCGUUACGCGUGAGCAGGCCGACCUUUUCCUCAACGCCGGAUUUAGGCCUGACCAAAUCCCACAUGAUGUCGCAACGAGGAUGAUGGAGAGUGUGAUUGCGGGCUACCUCAUGGGACUAAGGGAUGGGAAAUCGGUGGAUAGAUUUGUGAGAGACAUCGUUGCAGCUGACGAAGACGCCUACGGCAUGGACCCCGUAGAUACGUCAAAAGCUCCUGGACUAGACAGGCGCGGAAAUCUCACGCACGCACUUUUUGUCCACUACAAUCAAGACUAUCCCGCGUUUAGAGUCCUUCCCCAUGCCGAGAGGUACCGCCUUGGGUGGCCAGUUCUGGAAGAACCGUCGGACGAGAUCUUUGAUGGGCUGACGAGGGCUCUGGCGUCUAGACUGGUUUUCGACGGCAGCCACACACUGCUGGACUUCGCCGGCGGUGGCGGCGGCGGCGGCGACGCUGACGACGACGGCGAUUCCGGCGACGACGAUGCACCUCCCGACAAGCAAGCCAAGCGUACGGGCAAGAGCGGUAGGAAGACCCGCACAAGCACCAGCAAGAAGGAGGAGACGGGCAUGAACAGGAUGAUUGAGCGCUCGAUCCACAAUGCCGAGAAAAACGAGGUUCGGAGGGCGGCCAGGGAAGACGCUGCGGCAAUCAGGAGCGAGAAGAGGGCGGAGGACCGAUUCCAGCGGGAGCGCGAUGAAAGGCAGCUGGAUCGCAAGCACGAGAGAGAUAUGCGUGCCGAUGAGCGACGGGAGGAACGGGAGGACAGGGAUAAGCGGGAGGCGGCUGAGGCCGCUAAGCGUGCCGAAGAAAAGGCGGACAAGGAAAGGGCCCAGAAAUUCGAGUUGGAAAAUGAUGCGAUUGAAGCUGCAGCUGGCCGUGGCAGAGAGUAA